AUGAAGCUUUAUCCUUUCAUGUCACUGGUGGCAAUGGUCACUCAAGUCUUAGCUGCUCCAAAUCCCAGCCAUUUAAAAUGGUUUGCUUGCUCCGACGGCACGUCCAAAACAAGCGAAGACUCUGCUGCUCCAAAAGCGGAAUGCGCGUUCUACAGAGCGCCACUUUGUUAUCCUGGAAUUUGUAACGCACCAAAGCACGCGGAUCCGAUCGUCAAGAUUUUCGUCAAGCGUUUUCCAGCUGUAAACAAUCCAGAAAUGGCCUCGAAUAUGUGGCUUUUGCAAGGAGGUUCGGGGCAUGUUUCUGCGAGUUCGAUACAUGCAGGAUUAAAAGGAGCAGUGAAUGUGUAUACGAUGGAUCAUCGUGGAACCGGUCGUAUUACAUUACUGGAUUGCGUUGGAAUGCAGCUCGGGUCUCCGUCGAUCACGAGCGCUGCGACGGAUGUGGCAACUUUUAUUUCUGACUUUACAAAUGGGUUGAAUACCAUCGUGUGUGGUGUAAGCUAUGGCACUGUGGUUGUGGAACGUUUAAUGCACCUCAAUCCCCCUCAAGUGACGGGGUACGUUCUGGAUAGUAUUGCUACGACUUCCGGAGCAUCUCGAGACAAAACCUUUUUCGCUUCAGCUUGGGACUCGAAUUUUGGAGAGGUGGGUGAUGCCUUCCUAGCAUUAUGCGCGACAACAAGCGAGUGCAGCAAAUGGUUUGUGUCGAAAAGUCUGCCAGCCACGCUUCAAGAUGUGAUUACAAAGUUUGACAAAAAACCCAAAUCGACGUGUGCUGCUCUUGUGAGCAAGUUGUAUCGCGACCAGAGUAGUGAGCCAGCUUCAUACCUUCUGCGCCGGACUCUGUCAAUCCUUCUUAUGGACGCUAGCUUGCGCACACUAAUCCCCCCUAUUGUUUACAGACUGAGUCGUUGUAAGUCCAAAGAUGUCGACGUGCUGAGACAUUUCUUUAUGGCUUCAAUUGCAGCUCAAUCCGUACCAAGCAACGACAGCGCGUUUGCAUCGUUUCUGCUUUACUACCUCGUCGUCUACUCUGAGAUGUGGGAAAAACCGACGCCAUCGACCUCAGAAAUGACGUCGCGUGUCACGAAUGCGCUAAUAUCGUCUGCACAAGUGUAUUCGGACGUCCCGAUCUACUGUGCUUUCUCGAAAGAAAAAUCCCCCGUAUGCGACCAACUUGAUGUAGGAAACUACGACGGCAACGGCAUUAUCUACGAGGUUGACAAAUAUUGGAACAAGAGUGCUACGAUUCCUCCUCAGGCUAGUGUUCUUUUGCUGAGCGGUACAUUGGACGUGCAGACGCCGCACAAAUAUGCUGAAAGUUUGCUGGAAGUACUUAUUGGUGAGAAGAAGGAGUUGGUUGCGUUUGAGUACGCCACUCAUAACGCCAUAGUGUCCACUCCAUUAAACCAUGGCAAGGAGACGUGCGGCAUGAAGAUACUGUUAUCAUACGUGAAGAAUGACGGCGAUUUGAAGCUUCUUGACAAGUCUUGCGUCGAUGAGAUGCCCGCGUUCAGUAUAUCUCCAAAACUUGACGAUCAGUACCACUAUCUGAGCACGGACGAUGCUUAUGACGGAAGGUACAAUAAACGUCUGUCUGCGAGUGCAUCAAGCUGA